UGGUCAUCACCCGUCUCGUUCCCUUCCAUCGCAUUGGCUGCCUCCUCCCGCAGCCAUGGCGGCCUCCUCUCCCGUCCGCCUCCUCGCCGCCGCCUUCACAGCCGCGGGAUACCGGCGCGGAGCCUUCCGAUGCGUCCCCGUGAUCUCCUUCCUAUCCUUCCCCCGCUACCCGCACCGCCACCCGUCAUUCCGCGGCCGCGCCAAUCUCUCCUGCUCCUCCCUCUCGUUCCCCUCCGGCGGCUCCUAUUCGCCGCCAAACUCCGUGCCGUUCAACCUCCUGCCGCCCGACUCCGAGCCAUUCAUCGAGUGGGACCCGCCCCCCCUCGACUCCGCCUCGCCGCUCGGAGGCGGUGGGGCCGGCGAGGGCGCCACGCUGGUGGUGCUGCUCGGCUGGCUCGGCGCGCGUCAGAAGCACCUGCGCCGCUACGCCGAGCUCUACCGCGAGCGCGGGGUCGGCGCGGUGCGGUUCGUGGUGCCCGUGCGCGAGCUCUUCGGGCUCGACCUCGGACGCCGCGUCGAUCGCAGGGUCGCCGACCUCGCCGCCGAGAUUGCGGCCUGGUGCGACGCCGACCGACGCCGCACGCUCCUCUUCCACACCUUCAGCAACACCGGAUGGCUCGCCUAUGGUGCUGUACUGGAGAAUCUACAAUCAAGAGCUGAUAUAGCAGACAGAAUAAGAGGAUGUAUUGUUGACUCUGCACCAGUUCUAGAGAUAAGACCAGAGGUCUGGGCGGCUGGGUUCUCUGCUGCAAUGUUGAAGAAAAGUAGUUCCAUGACAGGAUCCUCAGCUGAAUCUCUUGAUGGACCUAUUUUGAAUGACACCUUGAACAGUGUUAGCUAUAAUAUGAUGCGACCAUCAUGGGGUGAAUGUUUUCUUUUGUCAACUCUCCAGAAAUUUUUUGAGAUUAUUCUUCACGUACCUGACGUAAACCAGAGACUGUGCAAGGUUCUCUCGAUUCUUUCAGAUAAGCAGCCUUCUUGCCCCCAGUUCUACCUGUACAGCUCAGCUGAUCGAGUGAUACCAGCUGAUUGUGUAGAGAGCUUCAUCGACUUGCAGAAAUCGCUAGGUCGGAGCGUAUUUGCCCACAAUUUUGUCUCGUCGCCCCACGUGGACCACUACAGGAGCUUCCCCCAUGUCUACUCAGCCAAGAUUGAUGAGUUUCUGAAGAUUUGCUCCACAGCUAGAGUAUCAUGUCCAGUCUCCGGCUAACAGGCCUGGUCAAACGGAGACCGGGGGCGCGGCAGUAUAACUGGGGCUGCACCAAGCGCGCCAGGCGCGAACCAACCCCCCCCCCCCCCCCUCCUGCCGUGCGUAUACCAUGGCCAUGGAAGGGUCAGGAAGUGGAGGAGAAGCCGACGCG